GGUACCGCGGGCCGCGGGUCCGGGUACGUAGGCCCUCUUUCGCGGCCUGCCGAGCAUAAUAUACCUCGUUUCCCGGCAAAAUGAUCCGUGCAAAGACGAGUGCAAAAUUUGUUGUUGUUGUACGCCUCGAUGGAAAUGAUCUCGACUCCAGCCCAAGCUCUGAGUUGUGGUUUGAUUCGACGAAUAUUUGCCGUAGUUGUUGAAGGAUCGCGGAGCUCCGGAGCCACAAUGACGGAUACCCAGAAGAUGAUGUCGGAGGCACGGCGAGUGUCGGAAGAUCAGCCACCUGCAUACAUCGACACCUUGCAUCGCGGCGACUCCUCAGCCAACAUGCCCAACUCCAAGACAGCAUACCCAACUCAGCCCGGCGUGGCGUCCACACCCGCUCCGGAGCUCAUAUUUCUCGCGCGGCAGGAGGAGAUGAAGUACUCCAAGACGAAUUUAACAUACACUCGAUGGGUUCUGGUGUUUCCACUUUGGCUGAACAUAUUCUUCUGCGGUAUCAACGCCAUCAUUCCCGGUCUCGGAAUGUUGGUGGCGUGUUUUUUCACCUGCCUUGGCCACACCGUUGUACGCGGUGACAGCAGACUGAAGAUUAUGCUGGUGAACUUCGCUCUUGGUCUUGUGUCGCUCAUCACACUCUUUAUCGGUAUCGGCUACAUGCUCGCGUUUGCUUGGUGCGCCGCCAGCGUUGGUGUCAACCGUGUUUAUUACAACCAGCCGAUCGAAGAGCAUGAAAUCCGUGAUGUUCCCGGAGUCGAACAUCCCGCUGAUGCAACGGAUGAUGCCCAGGCGGUUGUGUGAGACUUCUAGCUGCACUGUGGUGGAUGGCUGCGUCUCUGCUAGAGGUCUUGUACUCGCAAGUUAUGACGGAAGAACACCAGCCUCUCUUUGACACUGUCGACGGGGCCGCUCUAGAAAAAUGGCCGCUGGUGGCAGUGUGUUGGUGACAGCACGUUUCUCUAUCGCACGUGUCGCUGAGACCAUGCCAACGGCUGCUGAACACAAUGUGAAGUCCGUCGUGUCUGCACGGCUUUGAUCCUAGUUCAAAGUCAGUGGCGUUUCCUCGACUUGGCAUUGCUUUGCUGAGCAUCCGCCGCCUGUGUAUUAGCAAUACCCACUGUACUCCCUCUCAUGCAGUUCAACUGUUUUCUUGUCGUUACCGGUCCUGUAGGUGUAUUUCUGACUUUAGUUCAUGUGUGUGUGUGUGUGUGUAUGUACCGAUAGAUGCCAUUUUUUGUUUUCUAGAUAGAUACGCCGGAGUGAGCGCGUCCCUGUCGUACGGCAGACGGGCGUCAUGGCGACCUAGGUGCUUCCCCCUUUACCUGAUGGUCUUCCCUCUCGUCUUUCUGGCGGUGCCUCGAAUAGUUCACGGCCGUUUGCGUUCCUCGUCGGUGCGUACGUGCCGAAUGUUGUGCCGUCCUGCGUCGCGCGUAGAGCACCUCGCCCCCCGUGAGAGCCGUAUCCGCACGAGUACCGGCAUCUGACAGGUGACACGGCUGCCAAAAGCCGUGUCCGCUUUCGACCUGUGCCGCGCUCUCUUCCUGUCCCAGUGUAGCACCAGUAGCCACUACUAACAUGAUCACAU